GCCUCGUCCAGCUCAAGCACCGAAGAAGCACAAGAUGACCGAGACCUCGUUCCUGGCCAUGAGCCCCGACGUCCUCGUCCGCCUCGUCCAGUGCAUGGCCUCGCCCGCCGACGUCACUGCUCUUCUACGGGCACUCCCGCUUCAUGCGCUCCCGGCGCCGCUCGCAGCGCUCCGCGAGCUCCUAGCGCGGCAAUGCGAGCAGCACCCGCUUUGGCCGCAGCCCUGCCUCGACGACAGUAUGGACGCAGCCAUGAUGGAUCUCGUGCUGGCCGCGAUGCCAUCCUUCACGACGAUCCGGGUCGGCAACCUCGUCGCGCUCCAGCAGCAUCUCGCGACGCGUUCUGGGCCGACCAUGAACCUUCUCGGGUUUGCAGCGCAGUGGGGACACAAGGUCGCAUCCGUCACGGUGCUGAGCGAAGAGCUUGGUGGCGGAACAGACGUGCUCGGCAGCGUGCUCGAGUUGUGCACGGGCCUCCACCACGUUGAAGUGCAACCCCGCGAUAAGCCAGAGCGAAUCAUUCGCGCGAUCACGACGCGCGCGCACCACGUCCGCCGACUCGAUUUGUUUGCGGACGACGGCGACUGCUUUGACGUUGACGACGGCGUCGCGCUUCUUGGGCCGUGGCUGCGAACGGGGUAUGCGACCCAUUUGUCGCUGUGGCGAUUCGAGACGGAGGACAAUGACAUGUUGGCGGCCGCGCUGGCGGCGACACCGACGCUCCAAAGCCUCGAAUUUGUCCUUGCCGACGGAGUCAUCAGCAGCCUCACCUCUGGACCUCGACUCACGCGCCCGUUGACGCGUCUCCGCGUUCGAACGUCGUCGAUCGAAGGACUGCGCCAGCUUCUGCACCGUCUCGACCUCUCUGUGAUGACGCACCUCGACCUUGAAGUGUUUGCGUUUGGCGACAGCAGCUUUCUCGCAGCGGUGCUGCCACGACUGCCGCGUCUCGAAGAGAUCUCGCUCGUGUGCACGAGCCUCGCCGACACGUCUGCCGUCAAGCAGGCAGCGGGUCCGUCGUCCUUGCGGGUCGUGACGCUCAACGUCUUUGAGGCGUCGUCUGGCACACGCCUUGCGCUGCUCGACUGGAUCAGCACGUCGCGCUGCCUCGAGUCGGUCACGUGGGGCUUCUGGUCGUCGUUUAGCGGCCGUGAGAUGGGCCGCGUCGGAGGCGCGUUCCGGCGCUGGAUCGAAGCCGGCGUCCAUUUUGUGCGUUUUACGCAAGCCGAGGGCAACGACCUCUGCAUGCGCGAGCUCGCGACGGCGCUCACUGUCGCGACGCCUCGGUUGCCGCUGCGAUUCGAGCUUGCCGACCAACGACUCGAGGAUGUCGCGGCAUUGGACGGUCUCUUCAAGGCCGUCGCGAUGCGCCCUGGCGUGACCGUGUCCAUGCCGUUUGGUGGUGGCCAGAGUCCGCAAGUUCAUGGCGCGGUUUUGCACGAGCUUGCGUCGCAGCACGGUCUCGGCCUCGAGCUCAAGGACAAUACGUUGGUCGUGUCGAGUCGCAUCGCGUAGCAGUUCUUGACCCAGUGACGAUCUUGAAUCAUGCUGCAUCUCGUUUUAUAAGCUCUGCAAUUCAAGCCAAGCUGCGCCACGGUGGUACGCGGUGUAGGUGUCUCAGUAGUAUAGCGCUCUGCCUGCGUUGUAUUUGGUUGAGCAAUAUGUAUAAAACACUUGAUGCUUUGGAAAAUUCCCA